UCCAACAUUCUGACAGUAACGCCGCGAACAUCGCCGUGAACGGACGUGCUGUCUUGUUCGUAUCACAGCACACGACUGCGCAAUCGUGUCAAUAUUUAUAAACAAAUCUAGUGCUAUGUUAAUUAUUUUCAAAUUUAAUUCUGUGUGAAAUUUAUUUUAGUAAACUUAAUUCUGUUUUAGUUAGUGUAUCUUUCUGUGUAUAAAUGGAUAUUUUUUAAACGAUGCACAAGCACGCGUGAUUUUCGCAAGGUGACAAGACGGUGCGUGGUUACUUGAAAUACUGUGAGGUAUUUAAAAAGUGACUUUUGUUUAAAGUGAUGGUGUCAAUAAUAUAAAAUGGGUAGAAGAAACAUGAGUAUGUUGAGAUUAGGAAGAUGCGUUGCGUUUCUCGCUGCGGCUGCAUUUCUUUUGCCUUUCACAAUACUUCUGAUGGUGUUUGACCAACAAUAUAAUUUCACCUACAACUCCAAACGCGUCUUCUAUCAAGAGAGCGACUUCUAUAAAAUUAACGGAACACUAUACGCCCCCGCGUACACGCUAACAACACCUACUUAUAGGACACAGUAUGUGUUCGAGAACGGGACGCACGAUGAGCUGCUAUCGAGGGAGAAGUUUCUGGAGGUCGGAGCGAGGAUGGAGGCCCGCCGCGACGCCCUCAGGGACCAGUGCUCCAAGCUAGGCCUGGAUAGCUCCAGCUACAAGGCCUAUUCAUGGGAAUAUCUCAUAAAUAGGCAGUAUCAUGUUAUAUGGUGCAACAUAUUCAAAGCGGCUUCUACAUCGUGGAUGUACAACUUCAAUCUUAUGGCGAACUAUUCAGCUGCAUUCUUGGAUAAGACUAAAGAGGUUCCAUUGGAACUGGCAAGAAAGAAGUACGUCAGACCAUCGGUAGAAAUGUUGAAGAAAGCGCAAUCGGAUUCUAUAACUUUCCUCAUAGUGCGACAUCCUUUAGAAAGGUUGGCGUCAGCUUACAAUGAUAAAAUUGUUCACGCGUGGCCAAAAUCAUUCCACGAUAAAAUGGGUCACAGGAUCGUACGGAAAUAUAGAAAGAUAUCAGCAGAGAAGCCGCCACCGCCAAAGGAGCGUUACCCCAUGUUUGAGGAGUUCGUAUCAUACGUGGUGGACGAGGCUCGCGCGAAGCGACCGCUUGACAUGCACUGGACUCCCUACACCGCGUUUUGCACUCCUUGCAAGUUCAACUUCGACGUCAUACUCAAGUUUGAAACUCUCGACGAAGACCAAAGGUUCCUGAUACAGAUGGCGCGGCUGCAGGAGGUGGUGAAGCCGGAAUGGCGUAACAGCGGCAAGGGCUCACAAACCCUACACAUCAUCAACCAUCUCUACUCCAGACUAAAGAAGUCGCAGCUGGAUGCACUUUAUAAUCUUUACAAAUACGAUUUCCAGCUCUUCAAUUAUACCAUAGACAAGUACUACGAGAUCGUUCAACCUGACGACAACAGCAGCCACGGAUGAAUGAACUUCUGCAUAUUUCACGUUGAACAUUUCAUUGGACAUUAAACAAAAGGCGAGACGCAAAGCUGAAGAAGUAAAGAUUGAUCGAUAGUCCAAAAUGAUACGACGAAAUACAUUCAUCUGUCGUUAAAGCUUCGAUACGAUUACUCAUGUCAACAUAGAAUUGAAUAUCUUGAUGCCUAGUUAAUAUAUUUUAUGAUACGAGUUAACACAUUCCAUGCCACUACAUUUUUGUAUGAAGCCACGCCAGAUAAUUUGGUGACACUGAAAGUGUUAAUAUGUUUGUAUUUAUAUAGUUAUAUAAUAUUAUAUGCAUCCGUAUGAAAUCUGUAAGUUUCGUUAUGUAAUUUUUAUUACGUAGUUUACUUGACUUUUUGUCUUAUUCAUGAUGGGAUGUCUUUCUAUAUUUAGAAAUUUGUGUAUGGAUUUUAUUAGUCGAUUGUUUAAAAUUUUUGAACUAUAUUUACGAACUGUGUGGCAAGCUAGAAAAUUAUUUAUGAAUUUUAACAAUUACUUUUUUAAUUCAAGUAUAAGAUAUUUCAAGAAAGAAGUUUAAGA